UCGGGGCGGCGGCGGCCCGCUGCGUGCGAGGGGGGAAGAUGGCGGCGCGGCGCGGGUUGCUGGCGGCCGGGCUGUUCAGCGGGCGGGUGGCCAUCGUCACCGGCGGCGGCACCGGCAUCGGCAAGGCCAUCGCCGCCGACUUGCUGGCGUUAGGUUGCAGUGUUGUUAUUGCUGCUCGUAAAUUUGACCGAUUAAAAGCCACUGCAGAAGAACUGAAUAAUACAUUUUCUUCAAUGAGUCCUGCCAAAGUGACUCCUAUACAGUGCAAUAUCCGUAAAGAAGAGGAGGUAGAAGCUUUGGUGAAGACUACGCUGAAUCUGCAUGGGAAGAUUGACUUCCUGGUGAAUAAUGGAGGGGGCCAGUUUGCAAGUCUUUCUGAAGCCAUUCGUGCUAAAGGCUGGAAUGCUGUGAUAGACACAAAUUUGACAGGGACUUUCUAUUGCUGCAAAGCAGUGUACAAUGCCUGGAUGCAGGAACAUGGAGGAGUCAUUGUCAACAUUACUGCUGCCGUGAGAAAUGGGUUUCCUGGAAUGUCGCACUCAGGAGCUGCAAGAGCAGCAGUGAAUAACCUAACCAAGACUUUAGCUUUAGAAUGGGCCCACAGCGGGGUGCGAAUCAACAGUGUUGCUCCUGGAACAGUGUUUUCAGAAACUGCGGUUGCCAACUAUGGAGAACAGGGUGUAGAUAUGUGGCUGAAGAGAAUACCAAAGAUUCCUGCCAAGAGAUCAGCAGUUCCUGAGGAGAUUUCUCCUGCAGUGUGUUUCCUGCUAUCUCCGGCUGCUUCUUACAUAACUGGGAUAACCAUGAUUAUAGAUGGUGGCGAGAGUUUAUAUGGCAGUAGCUUAGAAAUACCAGAUCACAACAGAUGGCCUCCACCACCAGAAGGAAGAAAUUCUGAAAUGCUUAAAAAGCUUAUUUCUGGUGAAUUCAAGCCAAAGCUGUAGUACCGUGAAAUUCCCAGUUUCACAGUUGCUGAUAAUCUCACUUUGUAACUUGGUAUUACAAUUACCAGUAACCUGAUUUAUUUUUUUUCCCCUCACAUAACUGCAUAGAUUUUCACUGUCCCACAUCCUCAUGUUUAAAACUUGAGAAUGUGCACAGGACAUCUCUAAUGCUUGCUGGCCCUUGGAAGGUGUAAAAUCAAUUUUUCAUUUGCAGUGCAGAAUGUUACAGAAUCAUUUACACAGAAUGAUUCUGGGGAGGGGAAUAAGUCUUUGUUAUUGGUACCUGCAUCAGUAAUCCUUGUGGUGGCUGUUAGCAGUAUAUUGUUUCUGUUCAUCCACAAUCUGAAUGCUCACAGUGAUGUAAAGGAUUGAUUAAAGUACUUAUCUGAGAUGGGAGGAAAUAAAAUAAAGCAGUGGUAGGUUAAAUCACAGGGUACUGUUUUUUCGGCUUCAAACUAAUGAAGCAUAUCAGAUAUUUCUAGUUGUUUGCAGAUAAAGUGACUUAAGGAGAUGAGCAGCUGCCACUUAAAUUUGUUCAUAGAAUAAUCAAAUAAUGAGGUAUAUGAUACACUCAUGGAGAACAGCAUUGAUUUGAUAAUUUCAUAGCAAAAUCUGGAAGCAUAGGUUGUGGUGUAUAUUGCAGUGCUUUUUGCAAUUUGCUGUAGUGGUGAAAGAAAAGCUUACGAAUCUUACAUUUACAAGUGUAAAUGCUUUCUAUCCAUACUGUGUUCUCUACUGAUAUGCUGUUUAGGUAACACUUCUUUCAUCAGCAUUCCUGAAACAGGUGUGAUUUUUAUGCUUCAUUGAGAGUUUCCAUUUAAAAAACAAGCAAACAAGUAGGUCUUGGAAUAUAUUACUUGAAGAGGCUGUUUGUUGUAAUUACUUUAAGGCAAAUGUUCUCAUG